GCUUCGGUCAGCUGAUCGGCAUUCGCGUCUGACAAUUGACUUGCGCCGCUCUUGCUUUAGCAGACUUUACGUAAGUUUCGCCUGUGACAGACGGCGGAUGUUCGAUUUGGAACAUUUUGCAUCAAAUCUACUCUUGUUGAAAGUAGUUUCCCACUGAACGAUGAGUAUCGUGCGGUUAGUACAUUCGCUGAGGAGUAGAGAGGACACGCUGUCACGGUUUGCCAUCAAAUCUACCCUCGUAGGCGGUAUCGUUUACUACAGCAUUCAGCAGGGCCUGUGGUCCAAAUCUGAGGACAGCGUGCAGUUAUAUGGGAGGUUGUACAAUAAUGUUACUCCUUAUAUUAAGGACAAUAUUCCCAAGAAGGUCAUCAAUGAGUUGCCACCAUUACCAAGUACCAGCGAUCUCUCCAACUCUGUAAAAUCCUCAUGGAAUAAGGGAGUCAUAGCAAGCAUGAAAUUCCUGUCUGAAACUCCAACUUAUGUGACCAAUGGUGUGCAGAGUAUUUCAAAAAUUUUAAAAGGUUACAUAGAGCAACAAAGUGUAUCAGAGAAGAAUCAAUAGCGUUUUCUAAUUCUAUAUUGUGGAUUUUAGGCAUAUUGUAACAAGAUCAUUGAGAAUCAUUGAGCUGUUAUUAGUCUUACUUCUAUCACAUUAAUUUAUAUAUUUAUAUAUCA